AUGACGACGAGCAGGGAGAAGAGGUGGAGCCUGGCCGGCGCGACGGCGCUCGUCACCGGCGGCAGCAAAGGAAUAGGGCGCGCCAUCGUGGAGGAGCUCGCCGGCUUCGGGGCGCGGGUGCACACGUGCUCCCGCAACGCGGCGGAGCUGGAAGAGUGCCGCCGGCAGUGGGAGGAGGAGAAGCUGGCGGUCACCGUCUCUGUGUGCGACGUCUCUGUGCGCGCUGAGAGGGUGAAGCUCAUGGAGACUGUCAGGGACUCCUUCGACGGCAAGCUGGACAUACUGGUGAACAAUGCAGGGCAAUUGGUUUUAAAAGCGGCUAUAGAGUGGACGGCGGACGACUACGCACAAUUGAUGGAGACUAACUUAGAGUCAAACUUCCACCUUAGUCAGCUCGCGCACCCUCUACUCAUCAACGCCUCUAUACUUGGAGGAGGUAGCAUCGUCAACAUCUCCUCUGUUGGAGGUAUAUUUGGCUACCCAGGCCUCGCACUUUAUGGCAUCACAAAAGGAGGAAUGAACCAAUUUACAAGGAGCCUCGCCACUUAG